CUUCCCAUCCCCUGGUUUUUUGCCCACAAGAGUGAGAGAGAAACCAAGAAAACCCGGAAACAGAAUUGUUUUCUGAGCUGAAAAACAGAGCUUGUUGCUUAUCUUCGGCCGUUUCAAUCCAAAUCCAUUAAUGGGUUUUUCAGCUCUUGUCCUUCUCUUCUCUCUCCUGUUCUUUCUCUCUCACCCAGCACGGGUCUGUGGGAAUGCAGAGCUCAGAGCUCUCAUGGACAUGAAAGCUGCUCUUGACCCAGAAAGCCGUUUUCUUUCUUCUUGGACUUCCCAUGGGAAUCCAUGCGGCGGUUCUUUUGAAGGAGUGGCUUGCAACGAGAAGGGUCAAGUUGCCAACAUUUCCUUGCAGGGGAAGGGCCUCUCUGGGAAGCUGUCGCCCGCCAUUGAUGGCCUCAAACACUUGACAGGGCUAUACUUGCAUUAUAACUCUCUCUACGGUGAGAUACCAAAAGAAAUCGCCAACUUGGCUGAGCUCUCUGACUUGUAUUUGAAUGUGAAUCACUUCACUGGGGAAAUCCCAACUGAGAUCGGCAAUAUGGAGAACUUGCAAGUUUUGCAGCUAUGCUAUAAUCAAUUGAAGGGAAGCAUACCAACUCAGCUUGGUGGUUUGAAGAAGCUUAGUGUUCUUGCCCUGCAGUCAAAUCAAUUAACUGGUGCUAUCCCAGCUAGCCUAGGCAACUUGGGAAUGUUAACGAGGCUGGACCUGAGCUCUAAUGGCCUAUUCGGUUCCAUCCCCUCAAAAUUAGCCGAUGCCCCGUCUCUGCAAGUUCUUGAUGUUCGCAACAAUACUCUCUCUGGGAAUGUGCCGCCUGUUCUGAAGAGGCUUGAAGAUAAAUUCUUGUAUGAAUACAAUCUGGGAUUAUGUGGAACUGGGUUUUCAUCCCUGAAGACUUGCACUGAAACUGAUCAUGUUGAUCCUAGUAAGCCUGAUCAACCGUAUGGAGCUGGUAUUAACGGUCACCCGACAAGGGACAUUCCAGAAACUGCAAAUGUUCGGUUGCCCUGCGAUGGAACUCGGUGCCAGAAGUCAUCGAAAUCGAAACAGACAACAUCUGUAACUGUUGGCAUAGUUGUGAUUGCCAUAGCAGUGUCAGCAGUUGGCGUUCUAACCUUUGUACAUUAUCGUCGGAGAAAACAGAAGCUUGGAAACUCCUAUGAUGUCUCUGACAGCCGUCUAAGUACUGAUCAAGCUAAGGCUAUCACAUACAGAAAAAAUGGUUCUCCUCUAAUCAGCCUUGAGUACUCCAAUGGAUGGGACCCUUUGGCUGAUAGCAGGAACUUCAAUGGGGAUAGCCAAGACAUGUUCCAAAGUUUCAGGUUCAACCUGGAAGAGGUCGAAACUGCAACUCAAUAUUUCUCAGACUCAAAUCUGUUAGGUAAGAGUAACUUCAGUGCAACUUAUAAAGGAGUGUUAAGAGACGGGUCUGUAGUUGCAGUGAAGAGCAUCAGCAAAAGUAGCUGCAAGUCUGAUGAAGCCGAGUUUCUGAAGGGAUUGAACAUUUUGACAUCACUUAGGAAUGAGAAUCUAGUGAGGCUCAGGGGUUUUUGUUGUUCUAGGGGACGAGGCGAAUGCUUUCUUGUUUAUGAUUUUGUUCCUAAUGGAAAUCUUUCCCGAUACCUCGAUGUAAAAGAAGGUGAUGGAGAAGUCCUUGAAUGGUCAACCAGAGUUUCCAUUGUGAAAGGGAUUGCUAAAGGUAUUGCACAUUUACAUGCACACAAAGCCAACAAACCUGCUCUUGUUCACCAAAACAUCUCAGCUGAGAAAGUGCUCAUUGAUCAGAGAUUCAGUCCAUUGCUUUUGGAUUCCGGCCUCUGCAAGAUUCUCACCAAUGACAUUGUCUUUUCGGCGCUCAAGGCUAGCGCGGCAAAGGGCUAUCUAGCUCCGGAGUACACAACCACUGGCCGGUUCACUGAGAAAAGUGAUGUGUAUGCUUUUGGGGUGCUUCUAUUCCAGAUCCUCUCUGGAAAGCGGAAGAUCACAAACACAAUGCGCCUCUUAGCAGAAUCGUCAAGGUUCUUAGAAGUUAUGGACCCAAAUCUGCAUGGCAAGUUCUUUGAAUUCGAGGCGGCUAAAUUGUUGAAGAUGGCUCUGGUUUGCUCCCACGAGUCUCCUUUUGAGAGGCCAUCCAUGGAAGCUAUUGUUCAAGAACUGAGCAAGUGUAGUAGCUGUCUGUGAUUUCAGUUUAACUCAGUAUUCACCGAAUUUAACUGCCACUAACUGCCAAUGGUGGAUGACCAUUUUGAGCUCAAUUUGGCUCUUAGCUUUCAUGUUGAUCUGUAGGAAAGUAUGUCGUAAGCUUUAGAUAAGCGUUGUCACGAGCUUCUUCGUCUCUGAUCAACUGUAAUUUUGUUGAAUAUAUUCUCUCUAAGGUGAAGCUUCUUUCAA